CGUAAAACUAAAACGACUCAAGACAGCACAACAACGACGGAACGGACAAGCCAUUAUAUCUUACGUUUGUUCGCUGCUGGAAAAUCGCGACGAUUGUAAGAGCUAUUUUCCAGUGCCGUAGACACGGGAAAUUGAGCUCUGCAAUAAUUCGCACACCGGUUUCUCGAUGCCCCGUAUAGUUGAGUACAGUUGAAGACAAAAGGAUGCGGCUCUCCUGAUACGUCACGGCGCUGCGUUGGUGGAUCGUCAUCAGCCGAGCGAAGGGGAAAGAUUAGAGAGAGAGAGAGAGAGAGGGAGAGAGAAAGAAGAAGAUGGAGAAAGAAAAGUAGAGAGCGUUUCGAAAGCACUUGUCAGCGAGACAGUUUCGUCGGGAAUAAUGCCACGAUGUCACACUGCGGUAAGAACAGCUGCGAUCGGAGGACUGCGGUGAUUGAUCAUGAGAGGCAGUUUCAGGAGGACUUGGAACGAGCCCAGGCACUUAGCUUGGAAAGCCUGGCCCUGGAGAAAUUUAGGCUGCAGAAGCUGCAAUCCAACGUGCAACAGUUGUGCUUCGGACAAAAUAGUGUGUGCAAUACAAAUAGUGCGGCAUCGGAGACAGAUGGGUGUUCGCAAGGAGAGAGAUCCCAGUGCAGAAGUCGACCAAGACCGGGAUCUUUCAACACAAAUCAAAAGAACGCCGUGAUAUUGGCACCGCCGCCUCCAAUACCAUGUAGGAGAAAUUCAACGACCGCCGCAGCCAGUCAAAAUCCCUCUACCGACCUGAUCAACUUUACGAGCCCUGUGAAGCAGGAUAAUCUAGCCGAAUAUUGCUCCACACCACCUCCACCGCCACCAAAAGCACCGGUAGAGCCUAAAUGGGAUACUCACCCGUCUUUGCUAAAGAGACAGUCAAGAGUGUCACGAAGUAAUAGCUCAGUCGGCGCAUAUCAUUCCAGAGAUUUCAGAUAUCAUUCUCUUUCUCCAGGCCCGCGAUCUUCCACGGCACCGUGUACACCAGGAACGCCAGGAAUUAGUCCUAUCAUGUCGAGAGCUAGUAGCGUUAGCAACAAUGUACCUGAUAUCGCACCACAGAUUCCUCCAUUGCCCAUGAAUUACAGACCAACUGUUGCGCCUGCUAUAUGCGCGCCGUCAAUAUCAACAUUCUGUAUGGACGACGAACAAACGUUGAACGUGCUGAAAGUGAUAGAGAAGAAGCCAAAUAGCAAUCUGAUAGAUUUGAGUAAUUUCGAGCAUACGGAGGACAAAACAAAUGUACGAGUUAGCGUACUGGAAGCGUUUGAUCCAUUACUCAUAAAGACUGACAGUAGAAAUGAUGCCGCGCAAGAUUAUAAAGAUGACUCGCAAUCGCAAGUUAGCGGCACCGUAUACGACCCGUUCGAUCCGUUCGAUUAUAUGUACAGCACAAACGAAAGCGCCAACUCGGAUCCAGUUUACGUCGCCGUGGAGAAAUCCGCGAAAUCGCCGGCUAUAUCGCCGGCUGCACCACCUCCAUUACCACCUCGGAAUUCGUCUGCAUGGAACACCAUAGAGAGACGGAAAACUUCUCUGGAUCGUCGACAAAAGCGUCAAACACGUUUGUACGAGAACGUAACGGUCAUAAAAACCAGGUCUUCUCUUCACGAUUGUGACUUGAAGGCGUUCCACAAGAUGAUCAGGUCUGUGCGAGGCGAAUUUCCGUUCAAUAAUCCCACUACGAAUAUCGGCUACGUUGUGAGCCCGAUGAUGGAGAACUUGUACCCAGACGGUACCAGUAUAAAAUUGGUAGUUCAUCCGCAAUUGGCCAAUAGCGAUAAAGACCCGGCGCCAUCUAUCUCCUUCACCUGUAAUGUGAAUUGCAGCGUCGAACAUGUUAUUCUGAACGUCGCCUGCUCCCUGGAGGAUGAGGAUACAGUGAACGUGGAAAAGUAUUGUUUGAGAGUAUGGGGACUGGCUGAAUACCUUGCGCCUAACACAACCUUAGCACAAUACGAAUACAUACAUCAGUGUAUAAAGUUAGAAAAGGACAUCGAAUUAGCUAUAAUGAGCAGGUCACAAAUUAAACAAUCCAUUGCUCGAACGCUGCAUGACGAUAAUCGCGAUCAGUGUUUAAAAUUGGAAGAUAUUCUGCCGAACGAGCCGUUACAACCUAUUUCAUACGAUACACUACUUAUUCUACUAGAAACGGUGGAGAAGGAAAUGGAGCGCGUAGAGACUGCAGCGAUACAAUUGGCCACGACGAAUCAAGGUUCCAGCCUGCUACCUCAGCUCCAACCACGCGGCGUAGUGCAGGCGGUAAAAGCGGUGUGCGCCUUAAUGGGAAGCAUCGAGACGUUCGAGAUCACAGAGGCAGUUGACAAUUUCGUGAAUGCCUGCUGCCAGUUUCUGCCGCAAGCUCACACAGCCAAUAUAGAGUGUAAGAAGCCGGAGAUCCUGCACGAGGACGGUGAUUACGCUGUUGUUACUUUGAGAAAGAAGUUUCCGGACGUGAUCGCCUCGCACUGUCACAAAAUCCGCGACGCUGUUCAAGAACUCGUCGAAACCUACUGUCACGCGUUCAGGGUGGACUUUCAGUUGAACAGCAAAGGAGAGUUUCCGACAAACACGCUAGUCUCGUCAGAAGUGAUCGAUACUAUUCUGGUGCGUGUCGGAGCACUGCACAGACUACCGAACUCGUGGAAACACGACGAUUAUAUAGUGGCAGCUCAGAUCUUUCAUGGAACCAGGCCGGUGGGGAACCCCGUCUUGUCGGAACCGACGGCAGUCAGCACGAAUUUUUACCCGAGAAUUUUGUUUAACACGUGGUUGGAAUUUCGCGGGAUAAGUGUGUGUCAAGUGCCGAGGGAAGCCAGACUCGUGCUGGUUCUCUACGGCCGCACUUUGCAGCCGGCCGAGCACGAGUCGAACUCCUCGGCGGAGAACUCGAUGCAGAAAGAGGAGCUUGGAUGGGGCGCCAUACAGUUCUUCGAUCACGACGGCGUUAUGAGCCAAGGGAGCUUCUUUCUGUCCCUCUGGCCAGCCAUCGCAGACAGGAGACUAGGCCCGGCGCCGGCGCCCGGAAUUCACCCGCACGGCGACACUCACCCCAUCGUGGGAUUAGAAUUGCCCGAUUACGGAGGGAAGGUAUUGUUCCCCACCGAAUUGAGGGAUCACGACGUCGAGUCGCUCGACUUCAAUUCGCUGGAUCAAAAUACGCAGGAGCUACUGAUAGACAUCACGCAGCAAGACACGUUUUCGAGGCCGCCUAUCGACGAAAGGGAGAUUCUGUGGGAGAAGAGACACUACUUACACGACAGGCCCGAAGCUCUGCCCAAAGUAUUAUUAGCCGCGCAUAGCUGGGACUGGGCGUGCUUGCCGGAUCUACACGCGUCGCUCCGAGUUUGGAGUCCGCUGCCUCCGGUGCAGGCCUUGCAGUUGCUCUUGCCGUGUUUCCCGGACAUGAAGGUCAGAGAAAUGGCAGUCGGGUGGAUCCGCGAGCUGAGCAACGACGAAUUGGUGGAUUAUCUGCCGCAGUUGCUGCAAGCGAUGAAGCACGAGACGUACGAGGCUUCACCCCUGACGCGAUUUCUAUUGGAGCGUGCCUUACUUUCACCGCGAGUGGCUCAUCAUAUCUACUGGUUGUUAACUCAAGCGCUACCGGGACAAAGUCCUCAGAAUUCUGCCGAGAUCGCCGCGGAAGAUGACAAAGCUAUCAGUUAUGCUCGUUAUCACCGGAGACUGCAGUUAAUGUUAAGAGCAUUAUUGGAUGUUAUCGGAGAUGCGCUGAGAAAUAGUUUCCUUACUCAACAAUUGUUAGUUAAAAAUCUUCACGAGGUAGCUGAAAAUAUCAAAGUCACGAAGGAAUCGUUGCGCAUGGAAACGCUGAAGAGCGGCUUGCAAAAUAUACACUGCCAGUUGAUGGAGGACGACGGCACGUGUCUGCCGUUGUCCCCCAGUAAGUUAGCGUUCGGCAUCAAUGUAUCGACAUGUUCCUAUUUCUCGUCGUUCACUCUCCCAUUGAAAAUUAACUUCAUCGGUUGUGACAGUGUGAUAAGCCCGGCGAUCUUCAAGGUCGGUGACGAUUUACAGCAGGAUAUGCUGACCCUCCAGAUGGUACGUAUUAUGGACAAGUUGUGGUUGAAGGAGGGUCUCGAUUUAAAAAUGGUCACUUUCACCUGCGUGCCGACCGGCCCCAAGCGUGGAAUGAUAGAGAUGGUGACGAAUGCGGAAACGUUGCGGAAAAUUCAAGUCGAAUUCGGUCUGACCGGUUCGUUCAAGGAUCGGCCGAUCGCGGAGUGGCUGGCCAAGCACAAUCCCUCGGAAUUGGAGUACGAGAGAGCGGUGGAGAAUUUCACAGCGUCUUGCGCCGGUUACAGUGUCGCGACUUAUAUCUUAGGGAUUUGCGACAGGCAUAACGAUAAUAUCAUGCUGAAAACGUCCGGUCAUUUGUUUCAUAUUGAUUUCGGCAAGUUCCUUGGCGACGCACAAAUGUUCGGGAACUUCAAAAGAGACAGAACGCCGUUUGUGCUGACGUCGGACAUGGCAUACGUUAUAAAUGGAGGGGACAAACCCUCGGCGAAAUUUCACCAUUUUGUAGACUUGUGCUGUCAAGCGUUCAAUGUAGUCCGAAAGCAUGGAAAUCUUAUUCUUCAUCUGUUUGGACUGAUGACCUCGUCCGGUAUUCCCGGCGUGACGAUGGACGCGGUCAGUUAUGUGCAGAAAGCCCUCCUGCCCGGGCAAACGAAUCCCGAAGCAGCCGCGACCUUCGCCCGGAUGAUCGAGAGCUCGCUGAAGAGCUGGUUCACGCAGUUCAACUUCUUCCUGCACAACCUGGCGCAGCUUAGAUUCUCCGGGGACCAUAACGAGGGAGAACUCCUGUCCUUCAUCCCGCGCACGUACACAAUGCAACAAGAAGGCCAAUUAACAAGCGUUCAGGUUCACGGCUAUCAGAAACGCUACGAUCCGGAAAAAUAUUACAUGUACAUUUUGCGGAUACAACGGAAAGGCCAAGCGGAUCCGACGUAUCUGUUCCGGUCAUACAAAGAGUUUUGCGAAUUCUACCAGAAAUUGUGCAUACACUUUCCGCUUGCCAAGGUGACCAGCCUGCCGAGCGGAAUAAGCGUCGGGCGUUCCAACAUUAAGCAAGUAGCUGACAAACGGCGGGCGGAUAUAGAAAAGUUCCUCGUGAGUCUGUUCAAAAUGGCACCGGAAAUAUCUCAGAGCGAUCUGGUGUACACUUUCUUUCAUCCGUUGUUGCGAGAUCAGCAGAACGCUGAUAUUCGUCUGCGUAAAGUCAAAGUUGGAAACUGGUGGGCCGAAAAGAGAGUCAGAGACAAUGCGCAAAACGGCCAGAUCAAAUUGUCCUUUCACUAUGCCCGUGGCACCCUGUCCGUCAUGGUUUGCCACGCUCGUGGACUCCCUAAAGUGGCGAACGCUCAAGAACCGAACACGUACGUGAAGGUAUACCUCAAGCCCGAUCCCACGAAAGCGACCAAACGGAAGACGAAGGUGGUAAAGAAGAACUGUCAUCCGUCGUUUAUGGAAAUGUUGGAGUACAGAAUGCCUCUGGAAGUGAUAAAGGAGAGAACGCUAGAAGCGACGAUAUGGAAUCACGAUACCUUGCAGGAAAACGAGUUCCUCGGUGGCAUAAGUUUGCCGCUCGGACGCCUCGACUUGACGAACGAAACCAUCGAGUGGUUCCCGUUGGGUAGCGUGCGAUGAAGCGAGUACACACAAAGACUGUUUCAGAGUCAAGUCUCUCAAUGCUCAUAGAGAUUAGAAGUCGUCAGUCACGUCGAGAGAUGCGCAACGUAUCGCACAAUAUUAAAAGCUUCUUCAUUUAUGCACAAGCAGGUUCACCGCGCUUAUACUCGCGAUAAUAAAAGUAAUCUUUAUUUAUGCGAAUCGCGUCUGACGGAGCGUCGCUUCGUCCUUAACGGAAUAAUCUCGCGUUUUACGAAAUGAACACACGGUAGGUGUUAAGAAGUAUAUGUGAUAUAUCCGAGAAACGGUUACAUGCAGGGGAAGAGUCAACUUCUUACAAGAGUUGCUGAGGAAUAUCAAGCAUAAUAAUUAUCAAAGUAGAAAUAUAUCCAAUUGAAACACUCGUUUGCGCACUUGUUUCUUUCCGUUCAGGGGGGGGGGACCCUUCAAAUGGUCACGAGCCGUCGCUCGUGGGCUCGCAUGAUAAUCGAUUAUGACAGAAGUUGGGUGACAGUAUGCACGGUAUAAAUAGCAGUCCUUUAUUUUAUUCUUCACGAGUAAGAAUAUCAUAAAAAUACUUAUGUUUUUUCUGAAUCCUGCAGUCGUGACGUCGGAUACUCUUCCUGUUACAAGCAAUUAUCGAAUGCGAGCUAGCGAAUAGCGGUUCGCAAUCUUGCACCGUUUGUUGCGCUUCUAACAUUAUCGCAAAAGGUUUGUGUAAACUAGGACUGCGAAACAAUAAUCAGUCUUGAAACAGGUAUACAACGAGUAUAAUUAAGUGAGCAUUCCAAGAAUCGAUUCCAAUUAAUUUCCAAUCGAGCGAGCUUGAAUAUGCGUGCUGAAUGUGAUUUUUCUUUCAAUAUUACAAGCCAUAAAUAACGACAUAGGUUGUAGAAUUGUGUUAAACGACUAUUUGAUCCGCCGAUCACGGAAUCUGUUGUUUCGACGUAACAAUCACUUCACCCAUUCGCGUAUCAAUUUUAGAAUUAAUUAAUUAACCAAUCCAAAUAUCUGUUUCAGAACCGAUUGCCAUUUCUCACUGCCCUAAAACAAACCGUUGUGCAAACGAGUGUUUACACAUGGUUUCAAUAUGAUUUAAACAUUUUUCUCGAUCUCGCAAUUGGGAACGCAACAGAAGGCCUGUUGAGAGAGCCUCACUUCUGGGUAUCAAUCUAAAACAAGUUCUUUCAUUGAUUCUCAUCGGCUGCCGAAUUCCAAAUUACAUCGAAAAACGAUGUAAACUGUUCAAGUUGUAAUGAAACUGAGUGUCACGCACACACACGGUCCGUCGCGCAAAGCAAUGAAGCUUUUUUCGACGCAUUUUGAUAUCCCGUGUGGCGGACAUCAAAACCGCAAUUUUUGAACCUUAACAUCUUGCAAAACAUGAAGCUAAGCAUGCCACGAUUCAUUCAUGCGUGUGUAUCUCGUGUAAUCGUAAAUUAAACACAAGAGUGUUUCAUGACUGCGUCGCAAAAGUGGAGCACAGAGAUAAUCGAGCGAAAAUACACUGUCAAGUUUUGCUUCGCGAAAGUGCGAUGGACACGUGCGAAAACUUAUCGGUCUAAACUUUAUCUCCAAUACAAACUUUUCGAUGACGCGAGGAACUGUUUGAGACAGCCAAAUUUCAUUGAUCUCGUGAAAGUUUUCUGUUUCACUUCGGUGACGCAAUCGGUAAACUCUUGUCAUUGUUGGCAAGAUUUCAAGGUUUUUAUUUCUCUCUCAAACCGACCGGCGAUUUUCAAAUACGAUGUUGGCACAUAGCACUGGUAGAAAAGGUUGGUCUAAUUACUUUGGUGACAGAUCGCGGUAUGUUGAAAUAUAUGGGAUAAAUAGACAUUGGGGAAAAUGACGAUUACAGCAUUGCAGAAAUUUAGAAUUGUAUCGCGUUUAUGUAUAUUUCUCUAAUUAUAUUUUUUGACAGGGAAUGUGUCUGAACGUAUGAAGAAUUCAUCGUGAAUCGAAUAAAUUUCCGCACUGGAAGUUUGCUCUUUUAAAGGAAUUUUAUACACUUAUUUAUUUAUAUCACUUUUUACCGACUAUCGAUGACCAAUUGUAAAUAGAAGCUAAAUGUAUUUUAUAUGACACGCAAUUGUGGAAUCAUUUGUGAAUCAGUCAUCAAGCUCUAAAUUUCUUUUUUGAUGACAUUUUGUAGUCCGAACGAGAGUUCGCAAUUUCCUAUCAUAAAUCUAGUUAAGUGAAAAUCGAAUUAUACAUGUAUGUAUAACAUACAACAUAUAGCGAAAUCAUGUUUUAUGGAUUUAUGGUGUUAUUUUAAUAUUAGAAGGAAACGUAAUUAUUUACAUAAUCGUCUGAUGUAAUGGCCUCAUUUAUACGUAUUAUUAACGAAAUUAUGUGUAAAUAUGCUAUUAAAUUUAUGUAAUAAAUCAUCUUUUUGUGUUGCUUCUA